CAUUUUACUACUAUAGUUGAUUUAGAGCUCAAUUUUAGUACAAUUUCAUGAUAAUGCGUCUGGAACUCCAAUGGAAAUGUCACGUCUUAGGGCUUCUAUGAAUGACCGUCGCAGCAAAGGUUGGUUUUCUUUUUGGGAGUGCAUCCUCUUUACGCGCACAUGAGACACACGCAGCAGCUCCGCGUCACAAAGCAGCGCGCUCCUCACCGUGAGCAUCAGGUGGCCCCAUAUACGGACUGGGGAGGCACCUCGCAGCCCCCCUGGCACUGACUAGGCGCGCAGAGGGGGAAGUGGCACUCACGCUCCGGACUAUGCGAAGGGAACCCGUCUCUGGUUUUCAGUCCCUCGGCUGAGCAAACGAUGGAGGCGCCUGGAAACAACACCGUGCACGCCAACGGAUCCGAUCCGUACGCGCGGAACGAGGAGGUGGCUCAAAUCGAGAUCAUGGUCCUGUGCAUCACCUUCGUGGUCGCUGUGAUCGGGAACGUGAGCGUCCUGCUGGCGAUGUUUAACACCAAGAAGAAGAUGUCGCGCAUGCACCUCUUCAUCAAACACCUCAGCCUGGCCGACCUGGUGGUCGCCUUCUUCCAGGUGCUGCCGCAGCUCUGCUGGAAGAUCACCUUCCGCUUCUACGGUCCGGACUUUCUCUGCAGGAUAGUCAAGCACCUCCAGGUGAUGGGCAUGUUCGCGUCCACCUACAUGAUGGUGAUGAUGACCCUCGACCGUUACAUUGCCAUCUGCCACCCGCUGAAGACGCUCCAGCAGCCCACGCAGCGCUCCUACAUCAUGAUCACCUCCACGUGGAUGGUCAGCCUGCUGUUGAGCUCUCCGCAGUUCUUCAUCUUCUCCCUGAGCGAGAUCAAGAACGGCUCGAACGUCUCCGACUGUUGGGCGCACUUCGUGGAGCCGUGGGGCGCCAAGGCGUACAUCACCUGGAUCACCGUGGGCAUAUUCCUCGUUCCCGUGGUCAUUCUCAUGUUGUGCUACGGGUUCAUCUGCCACAGCAUAUGGAAAAAUAUCAAGUACAAGAAAACCAAAUCGACGGCGGGCUCUGCGAACCGGAAUGGGUUUAUCGGGAAGAAUUCGGUCAGCAGCAUUACGACCAUAUCAAGAGCCAAGCUGAGGACCGUUAAAAUGACCCUGGUGAUCGUUUUGGCUUACAUCGUUUGCUGGGCGCCGUUUUUCACGGUGCAGAUGUGGUCUGUGUGGGAUGACAACUUCCAGUGGGCUGAUUCUGAGAACACCGCGGUGACUCUUUCUGCGCUCCUCGCCAGUCUCAACAGCUGCUGCAACCCGUGGAUAUACAUGAUCUUCAGCGGCCACCUCCUCCAGGAUUUUGUGCACUGCUUCUCCUGCUGCUCCAAAAUGACCACCGACUUCAAGAAGGAGGACUCGGACAGCAGCGUCCGCAGAACGACACUGCUGACUAAGAUGACCAAUCGGAGCCCGACGGGCAGUAGCAACUGGAGGGAGCUGGACAAUUCUCCCAAGUCCUCCAUUCAGGCAGAGUUAACGUGCAAUUAGGGGAGGGGGAGACCUGUCUGAGUGACAUCACGGUACCCACACAGCAUCCACCCAUCUCAAAUACAGGCUGACUGAGACUGAAAUGCCUCCCAAACCCCCAAACUGUAAAGCAACUUUUCCUUUGCAGUCAAGAGAAAGAUACUGAGAUAUGGUGUUAGAGACAGAGAAAAGGACACGUUGAGGCUUAUUGAUUCUGUGUGCAAACAUGUUCUUGUUUUUCUCAACUUCAGCAGAAAAUAUAAGAAAAACAAGUUUUUAUUAUAUUGCAAAUCUUUGCAUCUGAUUCGUGGAGUCUGUACCACAGGUGUUCAUGGAAGCACAGUGCGACAAGCUAUUCAUUUUUCUUUAUUAUAUUGAAUUUGAUUGUAAUACUUGAAAACAGGACGAGUCCCAACCUUAUUUCCUUUUUUCCUGGUGGUUGUGUCUCAGCGGCCGGGAGGUGAAUGGUCGUCUCUAAGUAACCGAGGCUGCCCGCUCAUCCUCCGAGUGGGGCUGACCCAUCACAAAAAAAAAAAAAGAUAUUGAGUGUGUGGUGUUAGGCGUAAUCAGUUUGUUGCAUGCAUCUACAUGUUCCACAUGAAUGUUGCAGCUGGUAGUCCUUUGUGUUGGUCCCUACAGGAUUGCAAAUACUUCUUUUCUGCUGAGGCAAACGGGAUUCAUUUUUAAAAAAGACAUACGUUCACACACACACAGGAAGUGGGAUGGUGGGGGGGUUAUGAAGUGAGGAACCUAACACACCCCCAAGGCCCCUCCAACAGCUUUCAAAAAAUGUGAAGAGAAGCUCACACAUUCCACACUCUCCACAUCAACACACUGCUACUUUCUCGUUAUUGUUUUUCUCCUCGUUUCCUUCCUCAUUUCGGGGUGUGGUCUGUUUUUUGCCUCCAGACAAAAACAUCUCCAAUCCUGCACAUGCGACGUGCAACAAAAGAAAGAAACGGUUGUCAAACCACCUCAAGAACAUGCAUGUUAUGAUGUAUCACGACAUUUCUAUCUGCUGUAACGUGUAUUUGUACAUAAAAGGCACUUAAGUAUCUGUAAAUAGUAAUAAUGUAAAUCCAAUGUAAUAUAAAUCUGUUCAACAUGAAUUAUAUUUGUCUGUAUUCACUAAUGAAAAUAACUUCCAUAUCCUAUAUGUUGAAAUACACAUUGAUGCACUGAAUACCA